AUGGCGCUCAACAAUACCUAUGGCAUCAAAACGAUCAACCAAAGUGUCUAUGACGCAGCCAUGAAAAGCUUCACCGAGCCUGGUGGUGUACAAGUACUCAUUGAGACGUGCAGAGCUCUGGCUGCCGAGGGAGACCCUGGAAACCAGGGCAACAAUUCGACCGUUAACGAUGCUUGCGCAGAAGCCAACGAUGCCACUUGGGAUAUGGAAGGUCCUUAUCCACAUGUGCAGGUGGCAUUGGGAGUUCCUCUCAAUUAUACGAAUCCGGGAGGCAAUGCGCCAUAUUAUGCUUUUCAAGAUACUGGAUAUUAUCCUCGAGGAGGAUACCUGAAAGAUCUCUCGUACUUGAUCGACAAUGGGAUCAAAGUUGCUUUGGUGUAUGGUGAUCGUGACUACGCGUGCAAUUGGAUCGGGGGAGAAGCCGUUUCGCUGGCCGUCAACUACUCGCACGCCUCUGACUUUGCAGCCGCAGGGUAUGCCAACAUCAGCGUCAACUCGAGUUAUGUCGGCGGUAUGGUCAGACAGUUUGGUAACUUUAGCUUCUCGCGUGUCUUCCAGGCCGGUCACGAAGUUCCUGCGUAUCAACCAGAGACUGCGUAUGAAAUUUUGCGCCGUGCGCUCUUCAACCUUGACAUUGCGACGGGCCAGGAAGAUACGGCGAAGAACGAUUCCUUUGCGACCAUAGAGUUGCCUGACACUUGGUCGAUCAAAGACACUCCUCACGAAACCAAGGAGCAUAUUUGUUAUUCACUUGCUUCAAGCUCCAGUUGUACAGACGAGCAACUACAGAGUAUAAUUGACGGGUCGGCCUUGAUUUCAAAAUAUAUUCUGGUCGAUAAUUAUACGCUCGGUCAGUUUCCAGGCUUGGCGACUGCAGGUAAUGAAAGUGGUAACGGAAGUGGUAGUGGUAAUGGUAAUGGGGGAAAUGAGAGUGGUAACGAUGACAACGAUAGCAGUGCGACGAUUGUUGCUAUGAGUUCAGGGAUGUGGUUUUUGAUUGCUGUGACGGUCAUGGCCACGACUGGUGUAUGA